UGACCACAAUUUGGGUCCUAGAUAUCUGAUCGAGUGCUUACCAUAUUUCACCGAGUUAAACCUUGGCAUUGUUAAGUCAGAUUGUCUUAAGUUAUACGUACUAGGGUUAUUGCUGAAAAAAUCACAGAGAUAAUAGGGGCAUAACUUAUAUUUAACUUUAUACAUCAAAAUAGAGAGGUCUUGAAGUCGUCUAUUAAGUAAUGUGGGCAGACCGGCCCUCGCGAUCACUUGAUUAUAGCUUGAGCUGUUGUCCUUAAAAACUGCUCUGAUGUCUCUUUCUUGUAUUCUCUCCAGUUUUCUAGUAUCGCUAGCUUUACAAAAGUGCCAUACUAAGUGACAGUAGGUAGCCACAUUUAUAGAUCUUUAUAGACUCGCGCGGACUCGCCCACGAAAUGCCGCCAGCUACGCGGUCCCGGACACAUUCUCAAGAAAAACAGAAACGAAAAAACUUCACAUAAGGCAGUUCUAAACAAUUGACGUACAGGGUAAGGUAGACGUGAGAAAUGUAAGGCCCACACUGAAUAGAACAGCUAGAAAUUAACGUACCGCCGUAGCAAAUUUUAGAAAGCGGACGUUUUGUUGGCUACUGCUCUUCAUCAGCUUUGGUCCCAUGAACAAAUAGCUUACGCUCGAAAUGUUAGCUUUUUUAAGAAACUACCGCAAAUAAAGUUCUGCAAAAAACGGGCCCUUUGGAAAGAACGAAUGAAUAAUUACUUGGAAAGCACCGCGAGCCUAGCAUCGGGAGGAAUAAGUCCCCAGAGAACCGGAGAGGAUUGAGUUCUAGCCACUCGGAACACGUGCCCGUAUCUUGGUGCCCGUGGGGUUCCCUCAUAAAUGACCCACAGUGUCCCUAGACGCUUCAUCAUAAAAAGAUGUCGGCGACUUUGUUGUUGUUGGAGGGUUUCUUUGCGGGAAUAUUUUGAAUGACUAACAGAAGCCUUUCUCGCAAAUGAAUCAAGAACAAGGUUGUGGAUGUUUCGCCUUCGUAGUGCGCGUGUUUUGACUUGUAUGUCGGUAAUGGUCUGUUUCAUGUAAACCCUCAUUUCAUUGUCGGUCUUUUCUUUCGGGAAGUGUAGGAGGUUUAUUGGACAAUUUUCAACCCUCUUGCGCUUGCCGACAAUAUAAUCGUAGGAUAUUCUUUCUGAUAUAACUUCUUUGAGAAUGCCGCCAUAGUUAAACCGCUUGGGAAGUGCUUUGGAAACCAUUUCAAUUAUCGAGUGUAUCAGCGACUGUGGGGAUUCAGACGAAGCUGCAGCAAUUUGGAAGCGAAGAGUUCUGUCCGUGCUAUGGAAAUAGAUGAAAUAGAUGACAUUUUUGAUAGGAACAUUGAUCAACUUGAUGUAAGAGAAACCCCUAGGUGGGAACUGUCAGAAGAGGAGGAAUCAGGAGGAAGUGAAGUUGAGACAUUAGUGAAUCAACAACAGACUGCGAAGAAAUUAAGCAACCAGGUACCUCGACAAGAAAUGGCCCAAAGAUCCAUUCCCACCUCAGCACCUGUUGUAAAUCCAGGAAGAAAACUGCCAUUGAAUCAGAAUGGUCCCAUCCCAAAUAUACCACAGACACAAAGCCCUGUUCUGAAGAGAAAUACUGACAGCCCAAUCAACAAUGAACAAAUGCCUGGAACUAGUACCAAGGUAAUGUUAGAGAAGCCAAAUAUGUCACCAAAGCUGUACAGACAUCCUUUGAACAAGGAGAAUAUUAACAUAAUGGUGACGUCUGCAUACAAAGAGGAAAGUGAUUCUGUCAAGGACUUUGGAGUCAGUGAACGAGGAAAGAAACCAGUUCAGUCAGCCAAACAUCAACCAGUUGUCAGCCAAGAACAAAAAGAAACUCCUGAUGUGCAUGUGUGGGAGGAAGAUGAUGUUGAUUCUGUUAAGGAUUUUACAGGAAAUGAUCGACAGAAGGAAGAAAAGUAUAUGGAGAGAACAGAUGAGGUGAUAUAUCAGCGAGCUGCUGAAGAGCACAUAAGAAGACCACCUCUCUGGCAUGAUGACGAGGUGGAUUCAGUCAGGGACUUCAGUCGUGUGUCUGGAAAACAAGAACCCCCAUCAGGCUUGGCCAGUCAGCAAUUGAGCAGGCUUCCAUCAGAUGAGCACAUAUGCCUGUCUCCCCCCUGGAAUGAAGAGGAUGAUGGGCCUGUAAGGCCUUUUGUAACAGAUGAACCAGUGGUAAAGAACUUUAGUAUCAAUAAUAUGGUGAUGGAGGAAAGGAUGAGACAGGGGCAGCCACCGCCCUGGCAUGAGGAAGAUGAGAUAGACUCCACAAGAGACUUUGCUGCACAAUAUCGUAAAACAAGAUCAAUGGAGAACUCACGCCGCCCAUCAGAAGAAAACAUCUAUCUGACCCCACCCUGGAUGGAAGACGAACGGCAGUCUUGUGGGGGUCGACCCGGUUCAGACCAUUCAUCAAAUCGAUCGUACAGAAUGACCUUUGAAGAGCAGCGGGCCAUUCAAGAGGAGGUCAGGAACACAGGGGUUGCCGAGGCUGGGGGUAAAGUACAGGCACUUCACGAUGAAAAAGCCGCAGACAAAGGUAUUGCUGUUGUUAGACCACCAGUACCUGGAAGAGACAGCGGAUUCUGUAGCGAGCAGGACCAACUUGCACAACAGACACAAGGCCUGGCAGCUGAUGGUUUACCUGGUAAUGCACUGGCGCAGGGGGAUCCACUAAUCACAAAAGACAUCGUCAAUGUAAACCCCCCUAUAGACAAACCGCCUGUAACCUCGCUACAAAGCAUCAAGCCAACAGCAACUCAGACCCAGACUUCAACCAUAGCUUCUGUUGCUGCAGAACCUUACAAGCCGACAUCUCUCACCCCGAACGAGGACGCUAGACAUGUCAGUCAGUCGUUGCCUAGCAACAGAGAAAGACCAAUCAUGUGCGCUGCUCCCCAGGAUAUGAGAAGUGGCCAAGACGUGAGAAACCGUCAUGGAAGCGAGCCGGGCACUAGCAAUAGAGGCCCCAUGAGGAGUGUCAGCCAGUCAAGUCUGGAAGCCAUCUGUUAUUCACCGCACGACGCAUUAGAUGGUUUGGAAACGUCCAGCGUGGUCAGCUUCGCCAGCACCGCGGCGACUCAUCACGACCUCGACACGCGAAUUGACAUGGUGCAGUCGCUGUUAUCCAUGUUAGGAACUCAUGACAAAGAUGAUAUGUCUAGGACUUUGUUAGCCAUGUCUAACAGCAAGGACAGCUGCGCAGCCAUGCGGCAAUCGGGCUGUCUCUCGCUACUUAUUGAUCUGCUUCACGGUAAAGACUUUGCGGACAAGAAUGCACGUCGCGAAGCCCGCGCGCGAGCAGGCCUCGCGUUGCACAACAUCGUUUACUCAAACGUGGAAGAUAGGCGUGGUCGACGGGAAGUACGAGUUUUGAGGCUCUUGGAAAUUGCGCGUGCGCACUGUGACGUUGUGCAGUUUAAAGGUUUCCCAGUGCAUCCUUGCGCGGAGCGUUGGUAUCCACCGCUGAUGGAUUAUGGGCCGGCUCCGGCUAUUGCCGCGCUUAUGAAACUGUCGUUUGAAGAAGAUCAUCGUACGGCCAUUUGCGAACUUGGUGGACUUCAAGCUAUCGCGGAACUGGUCCAAAUCGAUCACCAAGUGAACGAACAAUGCAAAGACUUCUAUAGCAUCAGUCUGCGCAAGUAUGCGGGUAUGACAAUUACCAACCUGACCUUCGGCAACACCAAAAAUAAGAGCCUGUUAUGUAGUAUUCCUGGCGCUGUUGACGCCAUUAUUGCUCAGCUGUACACUGUUGAAGAAGAAGAGAUCAUCCAAGUCUCUGCUAGUGUGCUCAGGAACCUUUCCUGGAGAGCCGACGAACUUUGUCGCAAGACAUUACGCGAUGCAGGAGCAAUAAAAGCGUUGCUGUCCGCGGCCCAAGGAGUGCAUGGAGAACCCGCGUUGAGAACGACCCUUAGUGCCUUGUGGAACCUUUCAGCUCACUGCUCUGAUAACAAGGCAGAGAUCUGCGCAUCACCAGGUGCCUUGAAGUUCCUUGUCAAGUGUCUUAACUACUCCAGUCCCUCAGGGAACAUCUCCGUGGUAGAGAGCAGUGGUGGCAUCCUGAGAAAUCUUUCCUCUCACAUCGCCGUGCGACCAGAUUACCGUAAGACUCUGCGUGAUAGUGGUUGCUUUCAAAUUGUGCUAUCCCAUCUGCGCUCGCCAAGCUUGAGAGUGGUUAGUAAUGUAUGUGGCGCAUUGUGGAACUUGUCCGCUCGGUGUGUCGAGGAUCAAGAGUUACUCUGGGAACUCGGAGCUGUUUCGCUGCUCAAGUCUCUUGUCAACUCCAAGCACAAAGCGAUCUCCACUGCUUCAGCCGCGGCAUUACGCAACCUGAUGGCUGUAAAACCGGGAAGUUCCACGGACAACGAAUCGGUGUCCUCCAGAGCUGCCAGACACUAUCGGAGCAUGCCUUCAACCAUGCGGUCAGCGGACGCUCAGGCCAGAAUUAAAAGUGACGUUGCAAGAGUCAGGAAUCAUUCUCCAAGAUCUCAGUCUCCAUUGCCUCAUGGCCAGGUUACCCAGCACCCCAUGGCCGUACGACAGGCUGCUAAACAAGAUUACGAAGCUGCCGCUUACUCUCAGCAUGGAAGUGUGGCGAGUAACAUGCAACCCGGCCAGGUUCCCCAGCCCCUGUACCCUCACGGCCAGGUCACCAAGCAGACCGAGGAAUAUGGUUCACAGCCAUUCUACCCAGGAGGCCAAGCUGCCGUCAUUCCAGUCACCAGACAAGACAUCGACGCGGCCGUUGCACAUCCGCAGCAGUCGGGAAGAAAGAAGAAUGGAUCAUCAGCCUCUCUUGCCCACUCCAGCUCCAGCUCCAACCAUGGUGCCGUCCAGGACGUGGAACCUAGUCCUUCGCUCUUGCGUAGCAGAUCGGAUGUAGGUCCUAGGGCCCUCGCGGGCAGGCAGAGGAGAGCUAAGGCGCGUGGCACUGAUUCAAACAGUGUAGAUAGUGGUGCGUCCCUCGACAGUAGACACAACACGCAUUUGAAGUGGACUCAGAGCAACGAUUCGCUGUCCAAGCAUCGUCGCCAGCCUCGGAGAGAUGCUUCCUCUAAGCAAAAUUAUGAAAGGCUUGAUGGCGACCCUCGCUACUGCAGACAAACAAUGGAAAAACGCCAACAUUCUCGUUCCUCUAGCGAUGGCUGUGCAGUAAUUCCACUGUUGUGUGACUCGUACCCGUUACAUGUGUCACACAAGCCCAAGAGAGGUGACAGCUCAAAAGACAAGAGUACAGCUGAGGCCUCGGUGGUAUCAAGGAUCAGAGGUGUGAUGGCGCAUAGGAACAUGGAAGGAAGCAGCGGACAACCUCAGCAGGGAGAUAGCACCUCCCUGGUGUCUCCAUCAACAGCUCGCAGACUAAACCAGUGGACAAACACUUCCUUUGGGGAGACAUACGAAAUGGCGGAGUUUGGUCCACAAGAAGCGAAUUCGUCGAGAAUGACGAGCCAGUCAGCAGCAGAUCAGCCGGGUACCUCCACGUCUCGACCCAGCUCCAACACCGCACGACCUACCCACAGACACACUACACAAAAGUUCAAAUCGUACCGUGACUCGGACAGCGGCUCAGAGUUUGAGAUAGAUUCCGAGGAAGAACGACACCUGUUCGGGCAUCCUCGGAAUGCGUCCGGUCAUCCCGAGGCAAGCAAUGCGUGGAUUCAAAAAGGAAAACCAAAGGUCCAUUCGCCUCGUUCAGUAGAUACCGAAAGCGUGGCCUCGUCAACGUGCAGCUGUGAACAAACGCAAAAUAUCUGGAUUCGCCGUCCGGAUUUCAAAGGUACAAAGUCCAGUGGUGCUUGUGGGAAUUGCAGUCGCAGUAUUACUGUUAAGGGUUCAGAUAAGAACGCUGUUAAGAAACAGAUGGUGAAAAGUAGGCGAGACUCAACAGAUUCACCAAUAUCCAGCCCCAGCUCUCGUCGAGUGUUCAAAACCACGUCCGGGCGCGAACAGAAAAAGGACUUUGACCCCAGCAAAAGAGGAGUUAAAGUGACGUCCCUCUGAACUUGAUUGCGAUACGGAGGAGGACACUUAGUACGAAAGAACGUGAAGCAUUGAAUAAAAAGACUUAAGAACAGACUUAUCUUUAACGUUAGCUUAAUCUUUAUAUAGUGUUGCUUUCUAAUGGCUUUCAUGUCUGUAGUGUUUGCUGAUUGGUUCACGAUAUUCCGUGCUGCUUGCUUUAACCAAUCUUAUUGGAGGUGUUGUCUUGUCAGCCAAUCAGAAGCGAAUCUUAGACCGCACACGCGAAGUAAGUGCCAAGGUCAAAAUGUUAGUCUUCAUUUAUCACUUGAAAACAAGUUUUGAACAAGGUCACUUAAUCGAAGAGUUUCUUUCUCGCUAUCGUGAUGUUCUUUGGUUACGUUUUUCAAUGCUACAGUUCAAAUAGGCGACUGAUUUUUUCACUGGUGUUAUGUACAAAACAAUUGUUGGUAAUUUAUAUAUUGCACUCGGUAAUCAAUAGUUGGUAGAACUGUAAUAGGAGCAAAAACAAUGAUAUAUCUAUAUUGAAUGCAUUCAUUAAUUUUGUUGAUUUCAAGAAGGUCAAAACAGAUCAUAUAUUUUUGAGUUUAUUUUUUCGUAACACAUGAAACGUGUCAAUCUGGGUUUUUCAGUGGUCACUUCGUCUUUUUAAGCAGUUAUGUCACGGCUUCGAUAUAGACACGACAAUACGUUUUUAUCAAGAGGGAAAUUGAAAUUAAAUCCAAGAGUUGAGAUUUGCAUAGGAUCUCCGCGGAUUACGAAUGGAUGAACUUGCUUAAUUUUAAGAUUCGCCAGCCGUGAUGUAGCUUCUUGAACUCUUUCUUUCAGCUUUGUAUGUUUUCGUAGUCCCACUUAUUUUUGUUGUCGGAGAUAUUGUGAGGAGUGUGCACCAAAAAUUAACUUGUUUUGACACGUCGCAAGAAUUUUUCUAGUUUUGUCAGUAAUAUUUUUAAGAUUUGCCUCGAGGCAACGAAAACAAAAUGUUCUGUUCAUUGUGGUCAUCGAGCCAACCAAUAAUUUCAUUAAAUAUGAUUUAUUUAUACCUCA